AAGACUCUUUCCAGUUUCAAGCACCAGUCGUUGCCUGGGGAAGAGCCGGAGAGGAAGAAGCUGUAAUUCGGAGCUGCAAGUCGGAGCUGUAGCGCUGUGCACUCGCCAUGCCGGAGCUGACCUCGAAGGGCACUACCAUUUCCAAGAAGGGCUUCAAAAAGGCUGUCACCAAAACUCAGAAAAAGGAAGGGAAGAAGCGCAAGAGAUGCCGCAAAGAGAGCUACUCGAUUUACAUCUAUAAGGUGCUGAAGCAGGUGCACCCGGACACGGGCAUCUCUUCAAAAGCCAUGAGCAUCAUGAAUUCCUUCGUCACCGAUAUCUUCGAGCGCAUCGCGGGCGAGGCGUCCCGCCUGGCGCACUACAACAAGCGCUCGACCAUCACGUCGCGGGAGAUCCAGACGGCCGUGCGCCUGCUGCUGCCCGGGGAGCUGGCCAAGCACGCCGUGUCCGAGGGCACCAAGGCCGUCACCAAGUACACCAGCUCCAAGUAAACGUGCCAAGUGAAGCGUUCUUCCGUUAAACCCAAAG